AUGGCUGCACAAAUAUCAGAAACUGAUCAGAUUAAUCAGUUUCAGGAAUUUCUUGGAAUUUACAAUAAACUCACAGAAACUUGUUUUCUGGAUUGUGUUCAAGACUUCCCAACAAGAGAGGUUAAACCAAAGGAGUCUACCUCUCUGUCUGCCAAAGUAGGAGUCCUUGGCCAACCACGAUAG